AUGACAUUUGGGGCCAAAUUUUGCGGUACCUUUACUCUGCCUUCACUCUUCCCUCCACUAGUUGACGUUGUCCGACUGCUCAGAGGCGGACAACAUGCACAUACACGACGUACAGUCCCGAAGGUUCUUCUCGCGUGUAUUGGCGUUCGGAAGGUUGGCAGCAAACCAAAAACUUGGACCAAAACAAAAAGCCAAUCAAACUCUUUACUCAAGUUCGACCCAAACUCAUCUGAGAGGGUCAACAAACCAAUUAUCCUUCUACCGCCUAACGAACACAUCUUGGCAUCGUCAGUCAAUGUCAACAAGUCUCUGAAGGAGGCAGAGGAGACACUGCUUCAGGAGCAAUUUGUCACCGAUAAACCCAGAAAGUUCAGAUCCAACACUCCGCUCAUAUACAACCCACAAAAGCUUAAAGACAAAGAGGAGGCCAAAGGAGUCAAUGCGUUUGUCACAGUUUGCAGAGAAAUAUUACGCCAUACUGCCAAAAAGAAAGGCCUUAAAAUCCUUCCGGACGGUUUUGUUCGCGUUUCCGAUAUUAUGCGCCACGAGUUCUUCAAAGAUUACACCUUUGAACUGUUUGCAGAUCAUGUCUUGAAAGAUCCAGCGAAAGAGUUCGAUUUGGCACAUUUGCCUGAAUUGAUUGAUGGAAAACUUCAGGAUGUAUGGUGGGUAAGGGCAAAGCGGGCACAUACGAUCCCUGUCUUCAUAAUUGAAGGGUGUAGACAGCUCCCACCAUCGGAUUCUGAAUAUGGGAAACAGGGAAUAUUAUUAUCUGAGACCGAAUUAGAUCGCAUACGGCUGUAUCGCACACUAGAAAAUGUUCUGUUCGAAACCAUGCACUUCCCUUCACGAAAAGAGCGCCUAUGUGUCUCUGUUGACUCCGAACUAGCAGCCAGAAAAGGCGUCAAGUUUUUUAUGACUCAGGAGCGGAAAACGUUUGCUGUCGGCAACGCGGAUAAUAUUAUACCGCCCGAAUCCCUGUUAGGUGCUACAUUGCUUGAAAUCAAAUGCUCGAACUUGCUGCACCGCCUCCGAUAG